UGAAUGGCACCCCCAUGCAUCUCAGCCUGCAUCGCGUUUGAGGGUGCAGGAACUGCAGGGAAAUCACAUAGUCAAAAAGACUAUCAAACAUGUUGUGGGCCAGUGAAGUCAAUGGUGGAGAACAGGGGCGGACUGACAACUCAUGGGGCCCCCGGGCAAUAGGGGAUCAUGGGGCCCCUGUGUCCUUGCCUAAACUCAAAAAAGCCUAUGAAAAAGGUACCAGGGGCAUCUCAUGGGGCCCCCUACUGACCCCGGACCCUCGGGCAGUGCCCGAGUUUCCAAAUGGUCAGUCCACCCCU